AUGAACGACUACGAAUUUUUGCAUGCGACUGUGCCGGCCGCGCUGCCGACAGACGUGUGCGGGUUGGCGCCGGGCGCGUGGCACCACUUGAAGGUGCAAGCCGCCAGCGCCGCCGGCGCCACGCUCGCCAACUACUACUUCGCCACGCUCACUGAGGAAGGAGAGCGUAUCCCGGCGCCGGCGCAGUUCCCGCCGCGUGUGGGCGCGGGCCCGGGCGGCGCGCGGGCGCUGCUGGCAGCGGCCGGCGCGGCGUUGCUGGCGGCGCUGCUGCUGCUGGCCGGCCUCGCCUACAGGAGGAGCCCACCGACGUCGUGCCUCAGGAAGGGCUACGAGCAGGGCGACAUCUCGGAAGAGGAGGACAAGUCGGUGGAGAAGCGCGACAACCGCCGCAACUGCCAGCAGGUGUACACCUCCUCGCCCAGCAAGCAGCCCGCCAGCGAGCAGGAGCGGCAGGGUGAGUCGUGCGACUGUGUUGUGUCGGUGGAGCGCGACAACCGCCGCAACUGCCAGCAGGUGUACACCUCCUCGCCCAGCAAGCAGCCCGCCAGCGAGCAGGAGCGGCAGGGUGAGUCGUGCGACUGUGUUGUGUCGGUGGAGCGCGACAACCGCCGCAACUGCCAGCAGGUGUACACCUCCUCGCCCAGCAAGCAGCCCGCCAGCGAGCAGGAGCGGCAGGGUGAGUCGUGCGACUGUGUUGUGUCGGUGGAGCGCGACAACCGCCGCAACUGCCAGCAGGUGUACACCUCCUCGCCCAGCAAGCAGCCCGCCAGCGAGCAGGAGCGGCAGGGUGAGUCGUGCGACUGUGUUGUGUCGGUGGAGCGCGACAACCGCCGCAACUGCCAGCAGGUGUACACCUCCUCGCCCAGCAAGCAGCCCGCCAGCGAGCAGGAGCGGCAGGGUGAGUCGUGCGACUGUGUUGUGUCGGUGGAGCGCGACAACCGCCGCAACUGCCAGCAGGUGUACACCUCCUCGCCCAGCAAGCAGCCCGCCAGCGAGCAGGAGCGGCAGGGUGAGAUUCUUGAUCUUAUGAUCUUGGCUGGAAUACUGGAAUAA